AAAUUCUGCAUUACAGACGUCUAGGAGAUUUCUUAAUGGGCAUGGGAAAGCUAGCUAAGAUUUAGAUUCCCAAAGGGCUUUUGGUGAAGUUUGACAUCAAAUGCUUUUGAGGAGCCACUGGAUGGAAAUGCAGGGCUAUGCAUAUUAAAUAAUGGUUUAAAAGAUGGGAGAAAGGGAUGAAUAUAGGAGGAAAGUUACCAGAGAGUUUCUAGUGAUUUGGUCUUAGAAUCUUUGGUCUUGUGUUUUUCAGUAUAGUAAUAACAAGGAUGGUAAAGGCAGUGAGUAGUCAAAUGAGGAAGUUUGCUGCUGUUACUGUUUUUCAAGGCAGAAAAGAGGGGAGGAGAGUGAAGGAAGUCUGCACAGAACUGCGUGACUGGCCAACAGGGCAGCAGGGGUGGUUGUUGGAGGCUGCAUGCAGGAAGCAAGAGGAAACUUCAGCCUGGAAAAGAGAUGGUAUCAUUUUAUGGUGAUAGCUUUGUGGAGUUGAACAUGGUAGAAGUAUCCUCUCAGAUAUCCUUACAGUUACGGUUUCGAACAAGCAAGCCAAAUGGACUGCUUUUUCUUGCAGCUGGGAAGAAGGGUUAUUGUUUAAUGGAGCUACAUUCAGGAUACUUAGAGUUGAGAAUAAACUUUGGCAUGGGGGAACGAGUACUGCAUUCUCAGCAAAGAUCUCAGCUGAACGAUUUAGCUUGGCACCUGGUUGAACUACAUCAUGAACAUGACAAUGUCACAUUGGUAAUUGAUAAGCAGGAUACAAGUAGUGCAAAAAUGCCUGGAAUUUUCUAUGAAUUAAGUAUUGAUUAUGGAUUCUACAUAGGUGGUACUAGUAAACUUGAUGUUCCCUACCUUGUUGAAGCACUACCUAGUUUCCGAGGAUGCAUUGAUGAUGUAUCAUUCAAUCAGCUAGACAUUCUGAAGCCUCUGAGACCUUCUCCUGGCUUUAAAAAUGUCCAUGAAGUUUCAGUGGGAUGCAGUGAUGAAUUCUUUGCAGGCGAAGAUGAACCCAUUAGUUUCUUCAGUUCCAGAUCCUAUGUUUCUUUCCCAUCGUGGAAUGUUGAUGAUGAGGGUAUCUUGGAGUGUACAUUGCAAACCUCAGCCACACGUGGCUUGCUGCUUUACCAUGCUGGGCAAGUGGGAGAUUUCAUUGCAAUGGAAAUGGAAAAUGGACUAAUUAAAGCCCAUGUUGGAAAAUUUAGAAGUAGAACCCAGCUUUCCUCUCAUAAGUCAGUCAAUGAUAGUCACUGGCACUACAUCAAACUGAAAUUUACUGCAGAAUAUUUGCAGCUUACACUGGAUGAAGAAACUGUGAAAAAAUCAUUGCCUCCCUACACUAAGCUGCCGCUUCUGGAGGGGUCUCUCUUUGUAGGUGGUGUAGAUGACAGCACACGAUCAGAAGUGGUUAAGUUAGGGCUAGUCUCGGUGUCUGGGAAGUACGCCAGAGGAGGAUCCUUCAAAGGUUGCAUACGAGACCUGAAAACCAAUUCAGAAAAGAAAUCGCUUAAGAAUGUUCUGGUAACAAAGGACAUUUCAGCUGGAUGUGAAACAAAGAGUGCUUUUAAUACAAACCUUUCUUUAGAGAUGGCUGGGAACAGCCCUACUGUGAAAGCAGCCCCAACAUUUGCCAUUUCCUCUGAAAGCUCUGUCUUUCUGGGCAAGGAAGACAAAAGCCACCUUUUAGUUCUUAGUAACUUGAUUGUGCUUGAGGGUGGACAAGCUUCACUUGAAUCUAAACAUAUUGAAGUCAACUUAGACUUUCAGAAAUUAGGUAUUCAUCUAUCACAAAUUGUUUUUGAAAUUAAAAAAACACCCUCUUAUGGAAACUUGAAACUAGAUCUUGAGCCAGCGCAGGAGGUAAAUACAUUUACUCUGCAGGACAUACGGCAAGGAAAGAUUCUUUAUGUCCAUGAUGGCUCUGAGGGCACUUAUGAUUAUUUUAAUUUCUCCAUUUCUACCAGCAGGGAGAAGAUUGUGCCUCCAUAUUUGCAAGGAAGUGAGCAGCAUGUGUUUAGCAUUACUGUCACUCCAGUAAAUGAUGCACCUGAAAUUAUACUUCCCAAGGGAAACUUGCUUCUUCUCUUGGAGAACUCAAAGAAACGUUUGACUAGUGACCUGAUAAAAGUUCUAGAUAAGGAUACAGCUCCUGUUGGUCUGAGUCUUUCAGUGCUUGGAAAUCUGAAUGCAGAUGUAGGGUAUUUAGAAGAUUCAAAGCAUCCUGGAAAAGCUAUUACUACUUUUUCUAAUGAGGACUUAAGAGAAGGCACUGUUUUCUUUGUCCACACAGGCAUCAAGAACUCAAGGAUUGUUCUGAGGGCAAGUGAUGGUGAGAAGGUGAGCAACACUGUUGUGUUACGCGUCAUGGCAGUUCCAUUGGAUUACAGAGUUGUUAACAAUUUGGGAAUAAAACUACUCCAAGGUGUUACAGCUCUGAUCACACCUAGGCAUCUGGCAGUUGAAACAAAUGCCAACCUCCAGGAGCUGGAGAUCCGCUACAAGAUCACAGAGCCACCCCAGUUUGGGGAAGUCCAAAGGCAGCAUUCAAGCGGGGAAUGGAAGCGAGUCAGCUCUUUUUCUCAGCGCUCUCUUGAGCGCAGCCGUGUGAGAUACUGUAGCACUUUUAAAGAAAUACAGCUGGGAAAUGUUACUGACCAAUUUAAAUUCAAAGUUAGCAUAGGAAACACAAUGAGUGAAGAGCAUGUGUUUCCAAUCAAAGUGAAAUGGUUGAGAUACAGUUUAUCGAAACAUGCUCCUCUAGAAAUUGAAAAAUCAAAGAAGUACUUGAAUUCAGAUAAUCUUUUUGCUGUGAUUGUGGAUCUAGAAAUACCAGAUCAUGAGCUUAAUUUUAAAUUGCUAUCCCUACCAAAGAAUGGGCAGAUACUACUUAAUGACCAGCCUUUGGAAAAAGGUUCAGUCUUUAGCCAGAAAGAUAUUAUGGAUCAAAAAGUGGCAUAUGAAUUAAACUGCAGAUAUCAUGAAGAUAACAUUGAUUCAUUUCAGUUCCUUAUUUCUACAAAGUAUCUGGAAUCAAAUGUAUACAGCUUUGAAGUCUACAUCAAAUCAUAUCUCAGAAACAUCAUUUUGACUAACAAUGGCCUUAGAGUUACUGAAGGUGAAGGAGAGUUAAUAACAAACACAGAGCUGUUUGUGCAAACACCAGAUAAUAAAACUUUCCAGUAUAAAGUUGUACAGUUUCCUAAACAUGGGAAAUUAAAACUCAUUAAUUUUUCAGGCUCAUUUGAAAGCAAUGACAAUCUCACUACUUUCACUGACAAAGAUAUAACUAAUAAGCAUCUUAUGUAUGUGCAUGACGAUUCAGAGACAGUGUUUGAUGAAUUUCUUGUCAGAGCUUUGAGUUCCAGUGAAGAGUCAGGAAACUGGACAAACCUGGAUCCUGAAGCAGAACCUUUGUCAGUAGAAAUUAGAUUCAACAUUUCUGUCCAGCUGAAGAAUGAUGAGAAACCAGUACGUGUAAUUGAUAAGAUAUUUAACAUAGUGAGAGAUGGGCAGCGAUUAUUGACUUUGGCAGAUCUUUGCUAUCAUGAUCCUGAUUCUGAUUUUGAUGAUGGACAGUUGCUAUAUACUAGACGUGGCAUUUCCAAUGGAGAGUUGGUGCUAACAAAUGAUACUUCACAUAGACUCUACCAAUUCAGACAAGUGGACCUGGAGCAAAAGCAAGUCCUGUUUAUACACCGUGGUGCGGAUUUUGGGCGUUUUGUGCUGUUUGUGACAGAUGGCAAACACUACACCUCUUUGCUUCUAGAAGUUAGUGCCGCUGAUCCUUAUGUUACUUUGGCAAAUAAUACAGGCUUGUUGGUUCAGAAAGGGAAAGAGGAAACUGUUACAACAGCUAACCUAAGUGCUAUUACAAAUCAAGAUAUAAGAAACGAUCAUGAGUUUACAUAUGAGAUAUUCUCUUUCCCAAAAUAUGGAAGAAUAUAUGUAAAUAAUGUGUUGAUGGAUACCUUUUCUCAACUUGAUCUGAUAAAGGGGUAUGUGACCUACAGGCAUGAUGACAGCAGCAAUUUUAUUGACACAUUUAACUUUACGGUCCAUGCUGGAGAUGCCCAUCUGGAUGCUGGAGUGCAUGUUCGCAUAUAUUUGGAAAGUCAGCAGUGGCCACCAACAGUUGUGAACAAAAACAAUCUCUUGGUUGAAGAAGGAAAACCAGUUAAAAUCAGUAAAGGAAAGCUUCAAGUUGUUCAUGAAAACAGUUCUCCAUCUGAGAUUGUGUUCACAGUAAGACAGUUUCCAGUGCGUGGCUACAUUCGGAAGUUUUCCUCCGAAGAAAGUUAUCUCGGUGCUGACCAAAGGCCAGUUUUGAGCUUCACACAGCAAGAUGUUGAUGAGGGCAAAGUUCAGUAUGUGCAGACAGUUCCUGACCAACUAGCUGACCGUUUUUCUCUGGAUGUGACUAACGGUGUCCGAACAGUGAGUGGAAUAGAGGUCUCCGUAGACAUCAUCCCCAGAACGAUUCCACUGGAAGUACAGAACUUCACUGUGAUUGAAGGGGGCUCUAAAGCUUUGGUGGAAGACUAUCUCAAAAUUUCUAGUAGACACUUUGUUGGACUCAGCUGUGAAUUUGUUUUAAUUGAGCAGCCAAAACAUGGGUAUGUCGAAAACUCUCAUGUUCCCGGAGUAAAGUUAGCCACAUUUACCAGAAAACAGGUGGAACAAGAAUUAAUCUACUAUGUUCAUGAUGACAGUGAAGAACUAAUGGACAAUUUUACUGUGAUAGUGAAUAACACGGAAUUAUGGAAACAAAGCUUGCCCAAAACUGUGUUUAUAACAGUUACUGCAGUAAAUGAUGAAGCUCCUGUUAUAAAAGUUAACAGAGUUCUUCAGGUCUGGGUGGGUUCAGUCACAGAAAUAACUAUUGAUGACCUCUGUGCAGAAGACAAGGACUCCUCACCAUCAGAACUCAUAUAUUCCGUUACUCCACCUAGCAAUGGGCACUUGGCUCUGAAGUCUUCUCCAAACAAGAGCAUCCUUAGUUUUACCCAGGCUCAUAUAAUUGAAGGGCAGCUAGUAUUUGUGCACAAUGGAGCAGUGUCUGGAGGCUUCAACUUUCAGGUGACAGAUGGUUUGAACUUUGUACCUCGCCAGAUUUUUAGCAUAGCAGCUCAGACACUAGUCAUUACCCUUGAAGUAAACAAAGGACUUGGAGUCUUCCCAGGUUCCAGGAAGCCUAUUUCACGACAUGAUCUGAAAGCUGUAACCAGUGAUGUGACCAAUGCAGGAAACAGAACCAUAACUUUUAUGAUUGUAACCUCCCCAAAACUUGGAAGGCUGAUCAGAGUAAAUUCUGAUAAUACUACUCAGGAAAUCCUCAGUUUUACGCAGUCUAUGGUGGAUGAAGGUGUGAUCAUGUAUGAGCACUUACAUGGUGAGUCAGCUGGCUGGAGUGCAGAAGAUUUCUUCACAUUUACUGUCUCCUCUCCACCAUCAGCUCUGGACCUACACGUGUUCCAUAUUGUUAUUUCAUAUGAAAUUACAACGCAUGAUCAGAACACUCGUUUUCUGGCAAAUACAGGUGCCACAGUCCAGGAGGGAGGUAGAGUAUUAAUCAACAGAACAAAUCUAGAUGCUUCAAAUCUAUUGGUUAAGCUACCUAAGGUGCAGCGCUCCACAUAUGAAGUCUGGUAUCAAGUUAUAUCUUUACCCCAACAUGGUGUGGUAGUUGCUGGAGAAAGAAACAUUACCAAAGAAAAACCCAACUUCUCCCAAUAUAUAUUGAACAAAUUUGGAAUUGUGUACAUACAUGAUAAUUCUGAAUCACUUAAGGACAAUUUCACUUUUGCUGUUUGGUUAAACCUAAAGAGCAAGUCUGUGACAAAGCCCCAUGGCGAAGUUUUAGAAGAGACAUUUAAUAUCACAGUUGUUCCAGUGAAUGACCAAGCUCCAGAACUGAAGACUAAAAGGCUGCACUUGAAAGUCUUGCAGGGAGAUGUGUCAGUGCUGGGGUCAGAGCAUCUGAAAGUUGAAGACCUAGAUAACGCCCCAGUUGAGCUCAAAUACACCAUUGUUAAUAACCCCAAUAAUGGUUAUUUAGCAAUGAAAAGCAAUCUCAGUGUCUCUAUAAAUGAUUUCACACAAGCUGAUGUUGACAGUGAUAAAGUUUGGUUCGUACAGGAUGGAAGUUCAUCUUCUGGGGUGUUUUAUUUCAGUGUGACUGAUGGUAAGCAUCGCCCUUUAUACAAGCUAUUCAGUCUUGAAGUCAUACCAAUCACUCUUGUCCUGGUCAACCUGACCAGUGUUGCGCUUCCACAGGGCCAGACAUCUGUCACUAUUACUAAUGUACAGCUUUCAGCUGUCACAAAUGGAAAAAGCACUAAUAUCAUAUAUGAAAUAACUCAGCCGCUCAAAUACGGGCACCUGAUGAUUGGAAAUGAACAGGUUACUAAAUUUGAGCAGGCAGAUUUGUACUCAGGAAAGUUGUGUUACCACUUGACAAACCUCACUGCGUCCAAAGAAGUACUAGAGUUUAUGCUUUUCACUACAGAAUGCAAUCUAACAGGACAAGUGCUGAACAUCACAGCGAAGCCUUUAGUACAAGUUGUAUCUGACAUGCAGAUUUCAAAUCAAGCAGCUUAUAAAUUCAGAAGCAGUGACCUGGAUGCUUCCGAGCUAGCUAAUUUGACAAAUAGCAAUCCUAGAUUUGAAGUGAUAGUGCCCCCAUCUCAUGGAAGGAUUGUAAAGAAAAGGUUUGUGAAUGAUGUAGUGUUCGAAGACAUUCAGACAUUCACCCAGGCUGACAUUGAUAGCGGUGUUGUGCUUCUAGACGUCGAUACGAAUAUGACGGGCAUUGAUCUGUUAAAUGACUCAUUCACAUAUAUACUUAGGGCAGAUGCUGUGCAGCCUGCUGUUGGCUGUUUUCAGUAUUCCAUUGUGCCACACAGUCCCCCACUUGUGCAGGGUUUUACAACUGAAGUGCCUUCCAUAACCAGCAUGACCACUUUAAAGGUUCACGCUACCUCAAAGGACAAGGGAGCAGCCCUUUUUCAGAAUGAAGAGCCUACAGCAGCACCACAAAAGACUGAACCAACCAUGUGGCCAGGUCAGAAUCGCUGGGGAAAUCUACAUGAAGAAGGUCCAUUGCUAAAUCUGGCAGUGGGAACAAGUGGAUCUGCAGGGACUAAGACCACAACCCAGGGUAAUGCCAGGAGUCCCAGAGAUCAGGCAGGUCAAAGUAGCAACCGUUGGUACAUCAUUAUCCCCCUAGUCCUGUUGUCUGUGCUGCUCAUUGCUGCUGUCAUUUCUGUGUGCAUUUUGCUAAUGUGUCAGAAGAAAGAGAAGAAAAAAACACUUGUCAAAAGUCAAACAACCACAGUCCUCAGUAGUCCAGAUCGAUGUCUGGAACGGAGCUUGACUGUACCCAGCGUCACAGUGACUACUCUCUGGAAGGGUGUUGAAAGAAAUACAGCCUCACCAUUCAUGGCCAUAAGACAUGAACAGCUGCUUCCUGCAGUAGUUUCUCUCACUGUAGAACAGUCUCCUCAAAACAGCUGGUUAAACCUUGAUCCUGAAAUGAUCCAGUACUGUCGAAAAACAAACCCAGCUUUGAAGCACAAUCAAUACUGGGUGUAGUUACAGCAAAUUUUGGUCAUGCUGACUGAUGUAAUAUGGAAAAGACAGCAUACAUUGUUCAUGAGUAAUUUGUUGUUUAUUACACUUAUUUAUUAUAGGUCAAGUGAUGCACUGUUUGCUAGAUGAAAUCCACAUCCCUGUGAAAUAAUAAUAAAAGUGUUACUGAUCACAGUAGAUAAAGUAAGAUUUCCAGUUGGUACUUCAAUGCAGAAUUUGGCCCUAUAGAUUUUGACUGCACCUUGUUUAUGCAAUAUUUUUAGUGUUGCAAGUGUAAAACAGAAUGUUCUGUCAUAGAUUAUAUUAUUUUUAUUAUAAUGACUUUUUGAAGAACCAAGUUUGCUAUAAAAGUCUGGUACUUUUUCCUGAACCACCACUUCUAUUUGAAGAACUUUCAACUGUUUCUAUAUGUAAUUGCCAACAUCAAGUUGUCGAGGUGCUAAUCUCAAUAGUGUAAUUUUGACCCAAAGGCUCUUCAGACACCAAUAUUAAAGAAACAGAGAUGUUAUUAUUUUGACAAGUAUUCAUCUGGGACACAGAACUGAAAGUCUAGAAUUCAAUUCAGCAGUAACAGUAGAUGCGGAUUCCAGUAAAUUACUCUUGCUGUGAGAUACUUGUUUUUUUUUUCUCUUACUUGAUACUGAACUGUAGCCUUUCAUGUCUGCAAACUGGUAAAAUGUACCCAUGACUCCUAAUCCACAUGGCAAAAACUGUGUCUCUGCCAGUCAGCCUGUCAGCUGCGUUACCUUUAGGCUUAGGUUAUGUCUGGAAGUAGACAUCAAAACACUUAACUGAGGUGUGUUGUCAUCCUGGUCAUACCAGAGAGGGACAAAUCAUGGCAACUGCUGGGGCUUGGCCUACACUUACAGAGCCUUGUUCAACACCAUCCAGCACCUUCAAAGAGAAAAAGAUGUCUCUGGAUCUGAUGGUAAAGCAACAGACAACGCAGCUACUCCAACUCCAAAUACAGCACUGCACCAGCUACUAAGAAGGAGACAAAUGACUGCUACUGCUGAACCCAGGACACCUCCUCAUGACAACAGGCUAAAUUCUGCCUUCAGUAAAACAAACACAGCUCUUUCUGGAGUCUGGUAGUUCAAGCAGAUAACGGUAGAAUCAAGUCUUCUGUUGCAUCCUGUUGUAUGUUGGGGAGCUACUUAAAGAAACAAUUCUGCAAAGAAGUAUGUAUACCCUUCUGAAGUUUUAGAAGUUACACUUCACCUCCAGAACGCAUGUGCCUUACACACUAUGACAAGUCCUACCUAUUCUAAUUCUUCUCUGGUGGUAAAAUGUGCAAUAAUUGCCCUGCUAAGGGAGUUUUUUUCUGUUUCUGGGAGUCCAAGUUCAAUAGUGAUGUGCAGUCUCCAGUUAAGGUCCGGUCUUUUUUCCACUGAGAACAACAACAAAAUUCUUGUUGACUUCAGAGAAUGAACUGACUUCAAGUGAAUGUUCCUCACUAGCCACUGAACAUAAUCUAUUUUUGUACUUUUGCAUUCCUACAGCUUCCAGUUAGCUUUUCUGUAAAAACACUGUGCUCAGUAUGAGGAUGCAGUCUCAGCACUGCAGUCACUUAGUUAACACUGGAAUUUUUAUUUUGAGCCUAGGUACUGCAGAUUUUGAUUUUAUAGAACAGAUGUAUGGGCCUUUACAUCCUUGGUGCUAUUCAUUUCACACUACUUUGUUUUGGAUGAUUUUUUGUUGUUGUUGAUGAUUACCUGUGUUUAUAUCAUUUAUAUAUUUUAAAUUUUUACCUGUGAGGAGGGCUGCUUACUGCUGUAUUCUGGGAGCUAAACACAGGAGCAGUGGGGACAGUCUUUCUCACCUUUACCACCUCUGCCAUAAUUGUUGUGCAUUUUGAAGCAGUGCAUUUUUCAGAGCCCACUUCAAGGACAGCAUUCCAUGUCACUGGAAAAUAUGCAAGCCACAUUUUCGGCUCCAAGUGGAACACUAGAAACUAAAGAUACAAACCCUUUAUAAGCUCAAGCUAAAGUGUAUUUGAACACUUUUUGUAUUUCUCUGUCAUUACCAUAUUUCCCUGAUGCCAGUAUGAGCAGAUUUGAAUUCAAGCAGUAUAUAGCCAGUGUAAAAGGCUUAGGGUUUUCAGGUGCACUGCUGCAGAUCUGUGCUUCAGACCUUUUCUGCUUUUCCAAACAAAAUCAUUGGGACUGUUUCUGGAAACUCAUCCAGAGAAGUGGUGCUGCCAGCCCCCACAGGGACACCCCAACAUCUUUUGUAGAGGUGCAGCUGUACAUCUCUUUACUGUUCUCUAAGACCACCAAUUCUGCUACUACCGAGAACACAGCAGUUUCUUCCAGAUCUCAGCUGUCAGCAGCAGUCUGCCUCUGAUGCCUUCUAGCCCGUAGCAGGAGCCUGAUCCCUUUACGCCUCCUCCAAAGCCUCACUCCAAGAAGGAGUAAAGCAUUAUAAUCCCUACACUUUCCUGACACUUAAAGAAGCCCAUCUCACAUUUCCCUCCUUCUGAGACCUUCCUGUCACCAGCAAAAGAGGUGUCAUACGCCAGUGCCUACCAGGAGACCAAGUGAUAUGCUUCUAAUUUAGUACUAAAAUAGUGUAGUGCUAAAUGCUGCUGGAGUGGUGACCAAAUCCACUAUUGACAAUUUGCUGAAUGUGUUGUUGUAAAGACAGGUGUGCCAAAGUUGUGGUGCUCUGUGUGCAGUGGGGAUGAAACAUAUCUGCUGUAGUGCUGGCAGUGGUAAAAAUGAGACCAUGACAUACUAGCAACUGAGUUGAAAAAACAGCAAUGCGAUUAGAAACACAUAAUAGAAUGGGCAUUCUUAAAUUUCAGCAUUCGCAUGCUCUGAGCAAAAAAUUGUACAUCAAAAAUACAGAAAAGAUGGUGUGUUGGCUUUUUGGCUCCAGCUGAAUGGGCUGAACUCUUGUUCUCCAGAAUUGGAGAACAUUCUCCAGAAUGAUUCUGGUUAACAACAGGUGUUCAUUUCAAGUAGAUCAGGCAUUAUGGAAUUGUAUUUUAAACAUUGAGGUUUGGGGUUUUGUUCGUUUGUUUUUGUUUUUUUGUUUGUUUGUUUGUUUUUUAU